ACCUCACUUCCCUCAAACAGGAGGUGGAAGGGGCGCUACGCUGUUUGUUUUUAAUCAACACAUACUAUAUAGAUACAUACAACAAAAAAAGUAAUUUAUACUUUUAAAAUAUAAAUAACUUAUUUUUUAAAUACAAAGUUUAUAGCAGUGCUGUAGCCACCUCUCUGUGUAAAUAUGGUUGUAUUAAAUAACAACAGUGACAGUGUCCAGGAAAAGGGUUAUCUUCUGAUUGAUGACUGCUGCUCAUCGUUGCCAUGCUCCCCUUCAAAGCGAGUAUCCCUGGCCAAAAGGAAGCAGUAUUUCAUCAACCAGGCAAUCCGCAACUCUGACCUCACCCCCAAAGCGAAGGGGCGCAAGAGCCAGCGCAGACUGGAGAACACUCGCUACCUGGCAAACCUGCUGGAGAGAGAUGAGUGCUCGAAGGAUGAAGAGGAGGAGAGUGAACACACAGCCCCCCCCUCCAUCUUCACAGAGGCCUGCAUCAAUGGGAACUGUGUGCAGCUGUGGAAUGACUUCAUGAACCGCUCCGGGGAGGAGCAAGAAAAACUGCUGGUCUAUCUGGAAGAAAAGGCCAAGAGAAAACGCAGCACCAAGCUUCCAGACAAAGCAGAGAAUGACCGGAGAAAAGAGUACCCUGCCUACACCCCCAAAGACAGCUUCCAGAGAAUUGACCGGAGACUGCGAGCUGCACUGAAGCGCAAGCAAAUCGCAAUGGGUACACUGGAGUUCCUAGAGGAGAAGCUGAUGGGUUUUUUCUCAGCACAGCCUCAGUCUGUUUUCAAGGCAGUACUGGAGAGCAGCUAUGAGAGAUUGCUGCUCCAUGCGAUCUGCCAGUAUAUGGACCUUGUCUCUGCCAGUUCUGACUGUGAUGGGAAGAGACAGACUGAAGUGGUGAACAAACAGGAGGAAUUCCUGCCUCCGGGUCUGCUCUUGUCUGCCUACCUGGAACAGAUGUACUGACAGAGAGCCUUUUCCAAAAAAACCUCUAGCCUUCACACGCAGUUGCUCUCCCAGCCUCUGCGCAGUCAGGGGAUACCUUUACUAAACCACAGUCGAAGUAUUGUACAGUCGGAAUUAUCUUUUUUCUUGAUUGUAGAAAGCCCUUGUUAUCUAGAGAAUGGGUGUAUCUGCUUCCAUUGCCGGUGGUUGAUCACACAUUUUUAAAACGACCCAAUGAAUUUAUCAGUCA